AUGGUUUCGGCUAGUAUUCAGCAGACGCUCAUGGAUAAGGCGAAGCAUGCUGUUAGCACGGACAAGCGAAACAUGAUGUUGUCGAUUCUUACUAGGGACGCAGAGUUUACGUUGCUCCAGAACAGGGCUGGCUUGAUGAAGGUUUCCAUACCGGAUUUCUUCGUCGGUGGGGGGUUGGGAAGUCUCCUUCGUGAUAAGCAGGGCCGGCCUUGCAUCAAUCAGAUCCGUGGAGGAGAGGUAUCGGAAGUGUUUCAUCGCGGUGAGUAUUGCAUGUAG